CACUCCGAAGCUAACGCGUCUUACGCAACGCUCAAGUGACCUGGUAGAGACAUAAGGAGAAGGGGUCUUGGAAAGACGAUACUGACAUCGAAACCGUUUAUCGUCGAUAUCGAUAUCGCUUUGUAAAUAUAUGAAUAUACGUAUAUAUACAUAUAUAUAUAUAUGUAUUUGUAUAUAAACAGCGUGAAAAUCGUCGUUCAGAUUUGAUUCGUGCGUCGGUAAAAGAAUUCACGUACCGUAAAUCUAAACGACCGAAGUGAGAGUUGUUAUUAAUAAUCUGGAAACAAGUGUUUGAGUUGAAAGUGUUUAUAUCGUUUUUUCGAGCGGAGAUAAAAAGGAGAACAAUCAUGGCACCGCACACAAGCUACACGCCCGUUGGCGGUAUGGAGUACGAGGAACCGGUGUCGCGGACUUAUCAGUAUCGGAAGGUGAUGAAGCCGAUGCUGGAACGGAAGCGCAGGGCGCGGAUAAACCGCUGCCUCGACGAACUGAAGGACCUCAUGGUCACCGCGCUCCAGGCCGAAGGUGAGAACGUCGCGAAGCUGGAGAAGGCCGACAUCCUCGAACUGACGGUUAGGCACCUCCACACCCUGCGAGCCGCGCGCCGUCUCACCCUCACACCCGAGACCAGCUACGCCGAUCGUUUUAGAGAGGGGUUCACGCAGUGCGCCCAGGAGGUCUCGACCUUUCUCUCCACCCCCGUCGCCGCCUCCGUCCAUCCCGCAGCCGGCGCUCAGCUUAUGCGACACCUCGGCGGGUGUCUUAGGAGACUCGAGCAGCCCACCCCCGUUCCGACGCCUUCCACCGCCGUCGCCGCCACCGCCCCCCAGGCCAACCCCGUGCCUCAGAACACUUACACGCCGCCCCAGAGUCCCGUCAGCGUAGCGAGUUCAUCCGGCGAGUCAUCCGAGUCGUCGACGUCGUCGAGUUUGCCCGUUUGGCGACCCUGGUAGGGGACUCGAAUGGGAAGAAGCCGAGGAGUUGGGAGCGUCGAUUUAAUUGAAACUGUGAAAGUGCGGAGGGGAAGUUCGGGAAUUUUUAGAAUUUUGUAUAAGGACGUUGUUUUUUUUUUUUUUUUUUUUUUAUUAUGUUUUGCUUUGUUCUCGAACUAGGUUUUAGUUUUUAUUAUUAUUUUUCUUCACUCCUCUUUUCUAUUCUCUAAAUUUUAUACGACAAACAGCGAAGUUAGGGGUUAAAUUUUAAUUGUUAAAUGUACAGGGAGAUAGACGGAGAGGAAAAGAGCUGUUUGAACUGAUACGCAUAUAUGAUAUUAAUAUUUAUAUACAUAUAUAUAUAUAUAUAAUAUAAUAUAAUAUAACUUGAAUAUAUUUUGUUGAAUAAUAAGCUGAAACGACGAAUCUACGCGUCUUCCAAAUGUUGUAAUUUCUAACUAUGUACACACACACACACACACACACACACACACAUAUAUAUAUAUAUAUAGCAUUUCUCGCAGCGAUCGGAUUUAAGGAUCGGUUCUUUAUUGUUAUCCACUAGAACAUAUAUUAGUUACAUAGGUUUAUUAUUAUGUUGUCUUCUUAUCUUUUUUGCAAAUGAAAUAAUGUCUUUCCUUCUUCACUUUUCUUAUUUGUAUAAUUUCUGUUUUUUUGUUUCUUUGUUUUUUUUUUUGUUUAGUUGACUCUUUCGUGACAAUAGGUAUAAUAUAGAUUGAUCGAUACAUAUGAUACGAUAUGUGUAUAAUAGUUUAUAUAUAUAUAUAGGUGAUGAAGCUUUAAUGAUGUAUCUGUGAUAGGGUUUUUUUUGUACCUGAGAUUACUAUAUGUUUCUCGUAAUGUGUAAUGGUGAUGAUGAUGAUAAUGAUAACGAUAAUCAUUUUUAUAACAAAGAAUUGACAAAAGAGGAAAACACAACAAAUAUGAUAAUUAAGCACAUGUGAGAUUGAUAGAAUAGAUAUUAACUUGUUACAUGCUUAAGAGUAUUUAGUCGUUAACAACAACCGUUGAAUAAUAUUUGAGUAUUUGAGAUUAAGAA